GGAAAUCCCGAGCAGUUCGGGUGUUUGUGUUUUGUGUUUCGUUGUUUUAAAUGUUUCAAUAUGCUACUGCUCAACAACAGUAAAAAGCGCUCACAAAAGUCCUAAUUCAAUUAACUGGAAGCCCGUUUGCCAGCGACUGCUCAAGUUCUCGCUCCCCCAUUUGGGCCUGGUGAAAUGUGCAGAGUUGGCGCUUUUGUCGCAAGAAUCGUGUUCUGCUGAGUCAGAAGUUUAGAACCUCCUCCUCCGUCGUCGGGGAGAAAGUGUCACAUUACAGUGCCGCGAGAAGCAACAGGAGGACACGACGCGGCCGCAAACUGCUGAUUUUGCAAAAUGGAGUUUGCCGAACUGAUAAGAACUCCGAAGCUCGACGGAGUCCAACUGUACGAACAGUUAAAGCGGGAGUCUAUCGACGGAACAUUGUGCAUUACUGGUCACCAUCUGAUCCUGAGUACACGCCGAGAAGGAGCACGGGAAUUGUGGCUUCUGCACCAGAACGUGGACAUAGUCGAGCGGAAGCCGUACAUCAACAACAAUGUGCUCGAGGGUGGCACCAUCAUCCUCAAGUGCAAGGAUCUGCGCAUCAUCCAGCUGAGGAUCAACUCCCCGCAGGAGUACUUCAACGUGUCCAACUCGAUCGAGCAGCUGUCGAACCUGGAGGAGAUCAAGAAGCUUUACCCGUUCUUUUACAUUCCGAUGUACAACGUGAUCGAGGACGGCCACACGGAGUACUCGCUGGAGUCGGAGUUUGCCAAGCUGCUGGCGACGGACGAGUGGCGGUUGACGGGUGCGAACGCGGACUUUCGGCUGUGUCCCAGCUAUGGACCGCGGUUGAUUGUGCCGAGGGGGGUGAGCGACGAUCAGUUGGCCCAGUCGGCGGCAUUUCGCGAUGGCGGCCGCUUUCCGGUGCUAGCGUAUCGACACACGAAUGGGGCGGUGCUGUUUCGGUGUGCGCAACCGCUGGCCGGGCCGGGUGUGAAGCGGUGUCGGGCGGAUGAGGCGAUUUUGAAUGCGGUCGUUGAGGUUGGGGGUAAGAAGGGGUGUAUCUUCGAUACGUGGGGCAAGGGAAAGGGUUCGAACACGGAAAUUGAACCGCACUACCCGCAGUGGAGGAUAUUAAGUCGACCGAUUGGGGCGGGCUGGUCGUCGGUUGGGGCCUUGCUAGAUAGCUUCAGUAAGUUGAUGGACGCGUGCAACGACGUGGGCACGAGCUCGGAUCGGUGGCUUGGUCGGUUGGAGGGAUGCGGCUGGUUGAGUUACGUGCUGAACGCGAUGAACGUGUCGUGCGUGGUGGCGCAGUGUCUGGCGCUGGAGGGCGUUCCGGUGGUGGUGCACGGCGGGAAAGGAAUGGACACGCCGCUGAUUGUGACGUCGGUGGCGCAGAUCAUCCUCAAUCCGGACUGUCGGACGAUCAAGGGGUUGCAAGCGCUGAUCGAGCGCGAAUGGCUGCAGGCCGGCUAUCCGUUCUCGACGCGACACAAACACUCGUGCUACACGCCGCCCAACCAGCGCCAAAAGUCCUCGAGUGCCACCUUUCUGCUCUUUCUGGACUGCGUGUACCAGCUGUUCCACCAGUUUCCGUGCAGCUUCGAGUUCGACUCGCGCUACCUGCUGAUGCUGUUCGAGCACAGCUACAGCAGCCAGUACGGCACGUUCCUGGGGGAUUGCGAGCGCGAGCGGAAGGAACUGAAGGUGCGCGAACGCACCACCAGCCUGUGGAGUCACAUCAACCGACCGCAGAUCAUCGACACGCUGCUCAACCCGAUGUACGUGCCGAACGUGACCGUGCUGUGGCCAUCGGUGGCACCGCUCAGCAUCGUCCUGUGGGCCGACAUGUACACGCGCUGGGUCGUGGACCAGAGCCAGGCGACCCAGAGCCGGGCCCGGAUGCAGGCCAUCAUCACCGAGGAGAAGGAGCUGGAGAAGAAGGCCCGGCGGUUGAGGCGCGAGCUGGCCGAGCUGCAGCGCGAGUACCAGCGGUUACGGCUCGAGGAGGCGCUGCUCGACGAUGGGGAGCUGACGGACGAAGACGUCGAGGAUGACGCCCUGGACCCCGACUGACCACACACGAAAAAAAAAGGCGACGACCCUGGACUGACGAAACGACCGCUUGACUUUAACGAACCCUUUCCGAAAGGCACCACCAAUCCACUGUAAUUUCUAUUAAAUUUCUUGCCAUACGCAAUUGCGUGUUGGUGAGCAUUGUCUAAUGUCUGUCUUGAAAAAUGUCUUGUGAAUAAAUUGUCUAUCUACCUUUGUUGAUCACCUUGUACAAUUUUGAAAUGCUUACAAUUUCUCUCUUAUCUGUUCUUCAACUACACAACAAAAAAAAACAAAUAAAUUGUUCAAUGUUAUAAAACACUACAAAGACUAAAUAUUUUACAAACAAUAUCACCGAAUAAAUAGUUUUGUAAGUUUACACAGCCAACACACACACAUAACACACAAACCGACACGAAAGCAAACAACACAUAACAAAUAGAAAACUAACAUUCAGCUGAGCUUAGAAAUCCGGGCGAAACAAUGCUUAAAGGUGCCUAAGAUUAGAAAGCCUUUCAACAUUGAUUCGCUGGACACUUAAAAUAGAACCAUACUAAAAACCCUCCCAAGACCCAGUGACUAAACUCUCUGUACUAUUUUUAAACGUCGAUUUUAACCUAACCUAACAUUGAGGGUUGGCUCAAUUUACAAAAAAAAAUUGCAGCCUAAAAAUCCUCAAACGGGAGAGCAUCCGAGUGGUCUCUAUUUUAUUUUACUGCGCAUAACUCAUUGAUUCGAUAACUAAGACGAACUAAAAUCAUAAACCAGUGUCAAUUCGGAAGCAUAUUGAAACUGAAUCACGCCUAAGAAGAAUAAAAAAAAGGAGGAAAAUAAAUCUUUUCUUAUCCCUCCCAAAACACUGCGAAACGCAGGAACCUAUUUUUAUAGAAAACUAAAAUAGGGUGCCGUAUGAAAAUAGGAGUGGUGUCUAUAACAAUAAAAGACGACUGCAGAAGAGAAUAAAGAAAAACCCCGUAUUUAAUGCUACUCUCUCACCAAGCCUAGAGGCACUAAGCAGCAGAACUAAGAGGCACCGAAGCCGACUAUUAAGAAAAACGUGUAAUUAUUAUUAUUAAACGUGUACAUUACCUGCUGUUAUUUACUGGAAAAUAAGCAUGAGAUAAAGAAGACAUACUUUCAAC